CUCGAAGCUGACAAGGCGGUACAGGUUCUCGCACUCGCCUAAACCAGUCGAGACGAAUCGGAUUCCCAUUGUCUUCCCUUUCGCGUCGCCCGUCCGUCAUAUCUCAUCGGACGAUUCGUCAUGCAUCUUAUCCUCCUCCUCCUUUCUUUCGGCUCCCUUUGCUGCUUGGCCUAAGCCGGCAAGGGAGUUCGCAACCUAGAAAACCAAACUGGUGUUAACGGCAUAAGCUUGUUUCUGCCAUUUGUCGAUCCAACCACGUUUCCACGAAUCAGCCUCCCUCUUUUCUUUCCCGUCUUAGUCGUCGUCGUCGUCUUCUUCUUCUUCUUCUUCCUCGCACCUCCACCUGACAGCGUACUCUAGGCGGCGGGGCGCAAGCGGCUACCCGCUGAUGCGAGAUUCCCAACAGUGACUAUACCCUUUCCCGUCGAUGCGGGCGAGCGAGAUGAGCCACCGCCUCCACGCGGGCAUCGGCCACCCAUUUCUGAUCCAACGCCGUGUUUCCAUGCAACACCCACUGGGCGGUUUCCCUCGAUCCACUGGCUGACACGAGCCUGAUCUCAUUCCAACAAACCCUAAGAGAAUGCGAGCGCCUCUGGUACUCUUUAUCACUAGUGGUGACGAGGCAUACCUACCUUCCCCUUGCCAAUGGUUCAGUCCCAACAUCCUAACGGAAAGCCGAACGCCAAGAUUUGCACCGAGUUUGAUACUGUAGUACAAAUGCCUCCCUUCGGAAGCGCGCACAUAUAUGAUCGGCGCUUCCCAUGCUCGUGUCAAUUUCAAUGCCUGCUUAGUAGUUCCCAGAGCAAACGCCCGAGCUCGACGACGUCUGGCCUUUACGACACAUUGUGUCCACUGGAACGCAGACCUUUGAAAACUAUUAAUCUCCUUCUAGGCGGUCCUCGUCACACCUUUGCCUUCCCAUCUUACUCCCUAAAUCCUCUUUCUCCUGGACACCGCCACGACAGGUCACCACGACAAGCAACAGCAGAAAAAAAGAUGUCCGGCCCGCCGCCCCCUCUGCCGUCCAACCUCGUCUUCUUCGGCCCCUCGGCCAACUGCACCCUCGACCUCUGCCCCAUCGAGUACAGCCUCUACAAGUACCGUCCGAACCUCGCCGUCAAUGUCCUGUUCCUCGCCCUCUUCGCCCUCGCCGGCGCUGUCCACGUCUAUCUCGGCGUCCGCUGGCGCUCCUGGUGGUUCAUGGCCUUCAUGCUCGCCGGCUGCCUCAGCGAGAUCGUCGGCUACGUCGGCCGCAUCAUCAUGUAUUACAACCCCUUCGAAUUCGUCGCCUUCAUGUUACAGAUCGUCUUCAUCACGAGCGGGCCCGUCUACUAUACCGCCGCCAUCUACGUGACCAUCUCCAAGACCAUCGAAUCCUUCGCACCGGAGCUCUCCCGGAUCCCCACGAAGGUCAUCUAUUGGCUCUUCAUCUCCUUCGACCUCUUCUGCCUCGUUCUCCAGGCUGCCGGUGGCGCGCUCAGCACCACGUCCCGCGGCAGCUCCGACGUUGGCAUCAACCUCGCCAUGGCCGGCCUCGUCAUCCAGGUCGUCGUGCUGGUGGCCUUCUGCACGCUCUUCGCCGACUACAUGUUCCGCUACACGCGCUCCACCGCCGCGCGCAGGCUGACGCGCCGCGAGAAGGUCUUCUUCGGCUUCCUGGCGCUGGCCAUCGUGUUGAUCCUGGCGCGGUGCGCGUACCGCGUCGACGAACUCAGCGAGGGGUACUCGGACUCGGACAAGAUCACGAACGAGGGCCUGUUCAUUGGGCUCGAGGGAGUUCUCAUCAUCUGCGCCGUGUUCGCGCUGUGCAUCGGACACCCUGGACUGGUCUUUGGAAAGAACAAGGCGACGGACGGAGAUAGAAAGGGGUCGACCGUCGAGAGCGGCGUCGAGAGCGGCAUUGCGGUGACGGAGCGAAAGUGAUCAAAAUACCAUUUUGUUUCCAUCUGGGGGUUUUUUGUUUUGGGUUUUUUGCAUAGGGUCUCAGACUAGACGUCGAUCGCCUUUCUUCCAUUCCUUCACAGCGCGUUUCGCCCGUUCGUUCUGGAUCGGCCUGGUUGGUGACUUUUGAGAAGCGAUACCUUUCAACCGUCUCCAAUAUUGCAUGCGCCAUUAGAUAUAUCGCAAGCUGGGAGAUAGAAACUUUGUUUCGUCACAAUAACCCUCUUACAACUCCAGGGGGC